AUGGGCGGCAAGCCCAGCCUCCUGCUGCCCGGCACGGCUGGCACGAAGAGCGCCCUCUGGCAGGGCGGCAAGCAGCCGCUAAGCGACGCGGAGGGCGGCUUCUUCGACGAGUGGCGCAUCGGCGCGGCGGUGUCGCUGGGCGUCGCGUGCGUCGACCAGCAGAAGCACCCCUCGGUCGGGAAGCGGCUGCGGCUGCCCGUGGCCGACGAGCCCGGCGCCGCCGACGCGCUGCGGGACCGCCUCGACGUCGCCGUGCGCUUCCUGCACGCCGCACGGCUCGACGGGUUGAACUGCUACGUGCACUGUGCGCGGGGCGUGUCGCGGUCGUCGGCCGUGUCGCUCGCCUACGCGCUCGCGUACCUGCCCGAGGCGCUCGCAACGCCGGCCGCGGCCACGACAUGGCUCGAGGCGCGGCGGCCGCAGGCGCUGCCGAACGCUGGCUUCGCGCGCAUGCUCGAGGACUGGGUCCGGGGCGGCGGCCGCGACGGCUGCGCGGCGGCGCUGCGCGCGCUCGACGCGGCGCAGCCCGCGGCCGCGGCGAGGCUGCGCGACGCCGACGCCGCCGCCGUCGCGGCCGCGCUCGCCGCCGCGGCCGGCGCGGCGCCGGGCUCGCCCGGCGCCGCGCGGACGCGGAAGUGGAUGUCUGUGGUCAAGACUGCGCGCGGCCUCGAGCCGCGCGCGACAAAUAACAAGGUCGAGGUCGUGCUCGACUCACGGAAGGGCCUGGACGACGUUGCGGCGCAGGCGAGGCGCGACGCGGAGGACCUGUGGAUCGACCGGACCGUGCGACGGGUGGACUUGGAGGACCUGUCGCCCUACUGCUUCCUGAGGGACUACGUCGCGGCGUCGCGGCCGGUGAUCCUGCGCCUGGCCGACGGCGGCGACGCGGCGGCCGUCGAGGCGUUCUUCGAGGCCGAAGACGUCCGCGUCUCGGCGACGCCAGAUGGCCGCGCGGACGCCAUCCAUCGUGCGCAUAACGACGGCCGGCCGCGGCUCGCGUGCCCGGAGGUGCGCCGCGGGAAGCCGACCGCCGUCGACGAAGAGGGCGAGGACGUGCUCUACGUCUCGGACCAGGACGGCUCGCUGAGCCAAUUCCCCGAACUGGCGAGGAGGGUCGCGGCGCGGAAGGACUGGCCGCUGCCGCCGGCGUAUCUGCGGGCCUUCGCCGAGAGCGGCCGGGCCAAGGCGGACGCGGUGAAUGUGUGGUAUGGAGGCGCCGCGAGCGUGACAAGCGCGCACCGCGACCGCGCGUUCGAGAACUUGUACCUGGUCUUGAAAGGUGCGAAGCGGUUCCUCCUCUUGCCGCCGACUGCGCCCGCUUGGCUACCGGUCGCGUCGUGCGUGUCGGCGCGGUGGACUAAGGCCGACGGGUCGUGGCGACUGGUCGACGAUCAACCGGAGCAGCUCGUCGACUGGCUCGACGUGCCGUCGCUCGCAGCGACGGAGCCGGCGCCGGCCGUGGCCGACGUGCGGCCGGGCGACCUGCUCUACCUCCCGGCCGGCUGGGUGCACGAAGUUCAUCAGGCACCAAGAACGCUCGCUGUCAACUGGUGGUUCGGGGCCCGCUGCGACGGGCCGCGCUGGGCGGGCGCAGAACUGGCUCGGCGCGUCGGCGAGCUGCGGAGCGCUGCGCCGUCCUAG